CACAGUGGCCUUAAAGCAUUAGUGCAGUUUGCAGCUGCUCAGAGAACGACAUCACCACAGGUCCUGAUUCAGAAACACCUGAUUCGUCUUCUAGGAGUUCUUCUACCAAACUUUAAAGUGGAGGACACUCCAUCCCUUUUAGAAGUAGAUAUGUUCCACAUUUUGGUGGGAGUUGUGUUAUCCUUUCCAUCUUUAUACUGGGAAGAUGCUGUAGACUUGCAACCUUCAUCAAUUAGUUCAGCCUAUAACCACCUCUACCUCUUCCAUCUGACAACACUGGCACACAUAAUGCAAAUCAUCGUCUCUUCAGCAACAGAAUCCCCUACUGCUCGAUCAUCUGACAACAGUGAGGAGGCGCAGUCUGCACAGUCUUUCUGUAGAGAGGUUUGCCAGUACACCAGUGGUUGCUUUAGUCAGGAUAUUCCAGGCUGGCUUGUGUGGGAUUGUGUUAAAAAAGGCAUCAUGCCUUACCUUCGUUGUGCUGCUUUAUUUUUUCAUUAUUUGCUGGGAGUUUCUCCACCUGAGGAGCUACUACAAGUUUCUGAAGAAGGGCAAUUCAAGGCACUUUGUAGUUACCUCUCUCUACCUACCAAUUUGUUCCUGCUCUUCCAGGAAUAUUGGGACACAAUAAAUCCACUGCUUCAAAGGUGGUGUGCUGACCCGGUGGUAUUAAGUUGUUUGAAGGGGAAAAGCAUUGCAAUAAGGUAUCCUAGGAAAAGAAAUAGUUUAAUAGAGCUUCCUGAAGACUAUAGCUGCCUUCUGAACCAAGCCUCUCAGUUUAGAUGCCCGCGGUCUUCUGAUGAUGAACAAAAACAUCCAGUAUUGUGUUUAUUCUGUGGGGCUAUGUUGUGUUCCCAGAAUACUUGCUGUCAGGAACUGGUGAAUGGGGAGGAGUUGGGAGCCUGUACUUCUCACGCUCUUCAGUGUGGAGCUGGAGUCUGUAUGUUUCUCAAAAUCAGGGAAUGCAAAGUUGUCCUCAUUGAAGGUAAAACCAGGGGCUGCUUAUAUCCUGCUCCCUACUUGGAUGAAUAUGGAGAAACAGAUCCAGGUCUGAAAAGAGGCAAUCCCUUGCACUUAUGUCGGGAGCGUUACCGGAAGCUCCAUCUGCUAUGGCAGCAGCACUGCAUCAUAGAGGAGAUUGCCAGGAGCCAAGAAACGAAUCAGAUCUUCUUUGGAUUCAACUGGCAACUGCUCUAAGUCUCUGGAUUUUUAGUGAAAACUCUUACUUUUGGCAGUGCUUUGGAAAAGGAAAGGAGGGUGGCAGUAGAUAAUCUACUUUCAAGUGGAUUCUGUAGUUCAGACAUGAGGGAUUCUCUAAGGUUGUAUUACUGAUACAUUGAAACAAUCUCAUGUCACAUGUUUUGCUCUUUUUUUUUUUUCCCCCAAAAAGGAAAACUGCAUUAUAUAAUUAUUACUGAACAUUCAGGUCCAGAAGUAUUUCCACUUUUUUGAGAAGUUGUAAUUGUUUCACAUGUU